AUACAGUCAUGCAUGCACUAACAUGUCAGGACCUGUUUACUCAGAUUGGAACUUGUUGAGACUCAGAUUGGGACAUGUUUACUCUUGUCCUUGUAGAAUGAAAGGUGGGAGAUUGUAUCAGCCAAUCAGAUUCAAGAAUUCUCGAUGAGUACAUGCGUAUUUCUCUCAUCCGCUAUCAUUCUGUACUCAGGCGUUAAAGUGGCGACAUGAAUUUGGUUCUGCUGCAACAUGUUAUUUUUAUUGAGUUCAUAGUUUCGCACGAAACGAAAAUAUUUUGUUCUUCUAUACAUUGAAUUUCAUUUAUCAACCAGCAGAGGAGCAAGCAAUUUUUACCGAAGGCAGUUGAAAAAUAACAUGUUUGUUUCUCAUUCAUUUAAAAUUUCAAAUGAAAUUUCCUGGAAUAAGAAAAGUGAACAAUUUUUUCGAGUCUGUUUUUUUAUAUUUUAGUUAUGAUUGCUACUUUCUUGUUUGAAAGAUAAAUGAAUUUUAAUUUCAAAGAAUUGCUAUCUGAAAAGUUUUAUCUAAUACGUAAACAUUUCCUAUUAUGUAUAAGUACCUCUUUGGAGAUUUGUUUAUUGAGAGGUUAUAUACAAACUUUAUCUUUUGUGGUUAUCUGAUUAGGCUUGGAAAAGACAUCCAUAAAAGCGUUGUUAUGUAGUAUAUUUUAAUUUUAGUUUAUAUUUCAUUUACUUUGUUUCAUUGUUGAUUCUGUUAUUUUAACGUUACAAUGAAAACAGCGCUAAUUUAUGAUGCUCCAUCUGUUUGUAAGUUAUUAAAUGGGAUAGUUUGUGUUUAUAAAUCGGCGGGCGAAUCCUUCAACAGAGUCAGACAUAGUAUUCUUCAUAAAUUAUCUCAAGAACUUUGUGAAUUGGAAUGUAGAGUUCCAAAACAACGUAUUUCAGUGGAAAGAGAUGAGGUUACUAGGAUAUUGACUGUUAAAAGGUAUGAAAAUUUGGCAGACAACCCUUUAGUUAUGGGACCCAUGUAUGAACCUAAUGAUUUCAAAUGCUGUAGUGCUGUUAGACUUGGUAUAGAUACUGCUGGAGUUUUAGUUCUUGGUUUGAAUUCAGGAACUAAAGAUGUUUAUGAACUUCAUCGACAGCAUCCACUACGUGUUUAUCGCAUAAGUGGAACUUUUGGGUACAUGACAAAUAACUUAUACAAAACAGGAAAAGUAGUUGAUAAAUCUUCAGUUAAACAUGUUAAAAGAGGAGUAUUUGAAAACUUAUUAGCCGCGACUGAAGCAUCUCACCAACGAACUAUGUAUGAAUUGUGUGGAGUCGACCCUCAGAGCCAAGCUGCUUACGAACUCGCAGCCAAAGGUCUUAUUCGUCCAGCGAAUACAAAAAUACCUGUGAUAUAUGCAGUUAAGUUUAUCAGCUUUGAACUUCCUAAUUUCACAAUAGAAGUUCAUUGUAUAAAUGAAUAUGAAGCAUAUCUCAAAGCCUUAGUACAUAGUAUCGGUACCAGGCUUCAGUCUUAUGCUACUUGCACUGGCCUCCAGUGUAUCAGACACUCAUAUUUUUCACUUGAGCAUGCACUUCUAAAGAAGCAUUGGAAUCUUGAAGAAGUAAUUAGAAAUAUUCAAAAUAAUAAAAAAUUGAUGGAAAAGAAUGUAAGUUUAGAGAGUGGUCUUCUUCAAUCGCUGCCUUAGGACCAAGAAUCAGAACUCAGCUUAAGGCAAGUUAAGUAUAGAAUAGAAAAAAAUACUGAGUUCUAACACUAGUAGAACCAUGUGAAAUACUCCAUGAGUCGUCAAAGAAAGAAGUACACUGAGGCUAUGUGGAUCCAAAAUCAGCUUUUGAUGGAUUUAUUAAUUAUUUAUUCCGAAUAAAUAAAUACAAAUAAUAAAAAAGAAUCUGGAGAACAUAAGGUUUGUGAAUCCAACCUUAUUUAUUGAUGCAAUUACUCACUAAGUGCACAUUUCUGAUUUCACAGAGAGAAGAUUUAUCUAAGUACUUAAUGAUUUAGUUUAAUGAAAUGUUACUUAAUGGCUUUUUACAAUAAACAGCACAAUAUAUGGUACUACAUUGGAUGUUUUUCUAUUUUGGAUCAUAUAUAUAUAUAUAUAUAUA